UAUAAUCCGCGAUAAACGCGAGAUGCAAGAGCGAACACUCCUUGCGGCCGCGGUGUACGGUGGUAUGUUCGUUUGAUGGAUUGCCAUUUAUGGUGAUCCGGGAGCGACGAGGGAGAGAGAAACAUCAAACCAAACAUUUGUGAUGCUGUAGAAUCAGAGAGACCUAUUCAGGCACGCCGCUCUCGUACUCGCAAUAAGUAAGCCGUUUCCAACAGUUGACGUCUUCUUACGAAUUAUUGCUCGCUUAUCGCUCACGUUGCACGCGACGACGUCGACGACGACGACGACGACGACGACGACGUCGACGUUUAGUCACUCGAAGCGUGAUGCUGCCUGUGCAAAUAUAAAGAUGACGGCAUCGCCGCGUAUGAAUAAGCUGCGGAUGUUCGGCAGCUCAAGAUGGCUUGUUAUAGUGGGGGUGUUAAUAGGAGUACUAUUAGCUGUAUUUGCCCAAGGUAAUUACGGCCCCCCAGAGAGAUUAACAGGCAUGAAUCCUUGUAUUAGUAAACAAAUGUGCCAUGAAUGUAUACAAACUCCACAUUGUGCUUGGUGUGCUGCACCCAAAUUCUCAGAAAAGAGGUGCUUCCUUCCAAAUAUCAACACCAAAAUAUUUGCAACUUGUCCUCCUGAGUAUACAUGGAAUCCGGAUAAUCUAUUUAGCAUGUUGAGACACCGUAACUUAACAAAAGGUGGCUAUGCUGCUGGUGGUGCUGGAGGAGGAUAUGACAGCAUUGAAGGCUCAUAUUCUGGUUCAUCCAUUAGUUCAUCAUCCUCUUCGCACUUCCACAAAGAAAGUUCCAGUGAUAGUAGUAGCAGAAGACAAGAGGCUGUUCAAAUGUGGCCACAGGAGGUUAAUUUGAUGCUUCGAAUAAAUGAAGCUUAUAGAAUGUCCUUUGCUUAUUCUCAAGCAGAGGAUUAUCCCGUUGAUCUCUAUUAUCUGAUGGACUUGAGUAAAUCUAUGGAAGACGACAAGCAGAAAUUAUCAGAUUUGGGCCAGUUGCUGGUUGAAAGUAUGAGUAAAAUCACGAGUAAUUUUCGCUUGGGCUUCGGUAGCUUUGUUGAUAAAGUUGUGAUGCCCUAUGUGAACACAAUGUCGAAAUCUCUUAUCGAGCCAUGCGAGGGUUGUGCGGCGCCUUACGGGUACAAAAACAUUAUGACACUAUCACAAGAUACAAGUCACUUCGCGGGAUUAGUACGGAACGCGUCGGUAUCUGGUAACUUGGAUGCACCAGAAGGCGGUUUCGACGCCAUCAUGCAAGCCAUAGUUUGCAGAAAUCAGAUAGGUUGGCGUGAGAAAGCACGCAGAUUGCUGGUGUUCUCCACUGAUGCUGGUUUCCAUUAUGCGGGUGACGGUAAACUAGGUGGCAUCAUAAAGCCGAACGAUGGCCUGUGUCAUUUGGAUGUAAAUGGCACGUAUACUCACUCAUCUCUGCAAGACUACCCGAGCAUCUCUCAGAUCAAUCUGAAGGUGAAACAGAACGCGAUCAACAUCAUAUGGGCAGUCACGGAGGAGCAGAUCGAUGUCUAUAAACGAUUGACGAAGCAUGUGGAAGGUUCAUUUGCUGGAAAACUCACAGAUGACUCGAGUAACGUCGUGGAACUGAUCCGGGAGCAAUAUGACGCUAUUUCGAGCUCGGUAGAAAUGAAGGACACCGCUAGCAGCGCGGUCAAAGUCAAAUACUUCUCAAGUUGCUUAGGCACUGGACCGGCGAUAGAGACGUCCAAGUGCGACGGCUUAAAAGUCGGCACGAAGGUUGAAUUCAUCGCGGAGAUCGAGGUUACUAGCUGUCCGGCCAAUAGAUCAGAAUGGAAGCAGAAAUUCGAUAUUUAUCCAGUUGGUAUCAACGAGACUCUCACGGUGAAUCUCGAGAUGCUGUGCGAUUGCGAGUGUGAGCGUGAAGGACCCAUGUACGAGGAAAGGUCGCCCGAGUGUAAUGGCGUGGGUACACUCAAAUGCGGAGUUUGCGAGUGCUACGACGGCUUCUUCGGCAAACACUGCGAGUGCAGUCCGCAUCAAGAAAUGACAGGCUUCGACAAGCACCUCCAAUUGUGCCGACCCGACAACACCACCCUCGUGGACUGCUCCGGCCGUGGAACGUGUGCUUGCGGCCAGUGCGAAUGUGAAGAACGAGAAAAUCCGGAAGAGAUAAUAUCAGGGCACUUUUGCGAGUGCGACAACUUCUCCUGUGAUAGAGAUCAGGGUCAGUUAUGCUCCAAUCACGGUACCUGCGAAUGUGGUCAAUGCGUUUGCAACGCCGGUUGGACCGGACCAUCUUGCAAUUGCAGAUCCUCCAACGACUCUUGCAUCGCGCCGGGCACCACAAACGGCGUGUUGUGUUCCGGUCAUGGCGAUUGCGUCUGUGGAGAAUGUAUCUGCCACGAGGAGGGCAACACAAGAUAUUCCGGUAAGCAUUGUAACAAAUGUCCGACUUGCCCCAGUCGCUGUGAGGAACUGAAGAGCUGCGUGCAGUGCCAAAUGUACGGCACCGGAAACUACAGCGAUCCCGAGGAAUGCGCGAAGAACUGCAAGGAAUUCGUACCCGAAGGUGUCGAAACAGUGAUAGUCGACGUGGAUAACGACGAGGUGCUGUGCUUCGGCACAGACGAGGACGAUUGCAAGUACAACUUCGUGUACUACUACAACGAGACCAACUGCUUAAAGGUACGCGCGCAGAAUGAUCGCGAGUGCCCGCCGCAGGUUUACAUGCUGGGCAUCGUACUCGGUGUGAUCGCGGCGAUAGUUCUGAUUGGUCUCGCGCUAUUGCUGCUGUGGAAGCUGCUGACGACGAUACACGAUCGACGAGAGUUCGCUCGAUUCGAGAAGGAAAGAAUGAUGGCUAAAUGGGACACGGGCGAAAAUCCGAUCUACAAGCAAGCAACCUCCACAUUCAAGAAUCCGACCUACGUUGGAAAAUAAUACUCGAGAGACAAAGAUAACGAGGGAAUUUCUGAAAGAAUCGCGGCGACACGAUCUUAAACGGUUCGCAACCAAGAUAUGCCGACCAACGGUGCGAUAUCAUCUCGAACUUAGCGCACGAACGAAGCGUGAAUGCUUCGGUGGUAAAUAUAUAUAACAAGAUAGAUUUCAGCGUUUAUAAUUAUUUAAAGGAUCUAAUUUAAUAUGGUAUUUUUAAUUGUUGAGAUAUUUGUAAAGACCGACUUAAUACUGCCAUAUAACAUAGACUGUGUAUUGCGCGUGCGUACGUAAAAAGAAAAAAAAACUACAGACGCCUUUGUUGAUGGGCACAACUGCAAAGUUGUAACGUUACGUCUCAUUACGAUCGACGAUUUAAGAUCACGCUACUUAGGCUAAUUUUGAUAUUCAAGUGCCUUUAAUAUUACGACGAUGAUAUGCUUACAUUAACCUCUUAGUUACCUUUGCAUUUUUUCUAUAACAUAUAUAAACAUAUACAUAUUCGUAAUGCUGAUGAGUAUGCAGCAUAAAUCGGCGACUCGUUAAUUGGAAAGUCGAAAAAGGGAAGAAAAUAGCGGAUAUAAUUAUCUCGUUGCUGUUUUUUUUUUUCUUUUUUUUUUGUCACGAAAUAAUUCAAAGAUCUUUCUAUACUGGGUACUUUCAAGCAAGUAGACAAAUGGAUAUUAUAUCAUACUAUGUCGACUAUAUGUUGGGAAGUUCCCAUUAUAUCUUUUAUUCAACGACACAUGUAUCUAGAUCGAGCAUUCAUAUAGAUUCCGUGUA